UUGCGAACUGUCAAACCGAGACGGGCCCACAGCCAAACAAAAUACAAAACAAACGGAGAAAAAUCGGCUUCCUUUCGGCGUUGUGCGCGAGUUUUUCCCCGUUUUUUCCGCUGAAAAGUGCCGAGUGUCUGCCCUGGUGGAGCCAUUUUACGGGUGUAUCCGUUUUCCGAUGGUGCUUGACCGAAUGCGGUUGCUGUUAGGAUGAAAGUCACAGUUAAAAGCUGGAUGGGUGUCGCCGUCUGGAAAUGGCUGGCCAACGAUGACAACUGCGGCAUCUGUCGUAUGGCAUUCGAGGGCUGCUGUCCGGACUGUGCCCUGCCCGGUGACGACUGUCCGCUCGUGUGGGGCGCCUGCUCCCACUGCUUCCACAUGCACUGCAUCGUGAAGUGGCUCAACUCGCAGGCCAACCAGCAGUGCCCGAUGUGCCGACAGGCGUGGAAGUUUAACGACAAGUAGUGGGCAGCAAACGGGGGGUAGAUGGUACGCUGUUCCGACCGAGGUGUUAACGCGUGGAAUCGGUUUCCGGCGUUAGUAAUAAUCGUAAAGCUAAGGGUAAUGAUGA